UGGGCUUCCUGUGUACUGGUGUGGGGCCUGGACAUCAAGAAGACGCGAUACUUCGCAUGUCCCGUCGACCGUCAAAUGCGAAUUCAAAACAAAGACGAAAACGUCAUUAUAGUAAAUCAAUGUUGAUAGCUUUAUAUUUGAAAGCAUUUUASUAAUGUUUGCAUUGAAAGUAAUUCGGAGUUGUACUCGUGCCUUAUCCACACUCUCUUCAUSCGGUUCGAAGGCWGURGAAAUCAUCAAUGUUCCCUUUUCGGGAGGACAGCCAAAAGGAGGUGUUGAUUUGGCACCGGAUUUUAUACGAGAUUUGGGGUUUUACGAUCGAUUAAGAAAUCUUGGGCUCAAUGUUAGUACUGCUAGUGAUAUCAACCUGGAUUAUCUGGAUUCUGAGUCAGAAUGUAAGCUUUAUAUCCACAAUAAAAUGGUUAAAAACCCAGUCACAUGUGGGAAUGUUUCCAAACAGACUGCUCAAGCAGUACUUCAUGCUUUGAAAGAGGGAAAGAUGCCAGUAGUUAUCGGUGGUGAUCACAGUAUUGGAACAGGUACAGCUUUUGGCCACCACUUAUUUAAUCCUGAUACGUGCCUAUUGUGGGUUGAUGCCCAUGCAGAUAUCAAUUCACCUCUUGUGACAAAAAGUGGAAAUAUCCAUGGGAUGUCAGUGAGUUGGAUUAUUACAAACUUCCCACAUUUUCCUGUAGUUCCUGGGUAUGAGUGGGUCCAUCGCUGUAUUUCUCCGCAAAAGAUUGCUUAUGUUGGUUUACGAGAUGUAGAGCCACAAGAAAGGGAUCUCUUGAAUAAACUUGGUAUCAAGACCUUUUUUAUUGAGGAUAUUGAUGAACUUGGAAUUGUCUUGACUAUGGAACAAGCUUUGGAUUAUAUUAACCCAAGGAAUGACUGCCCAAUUCAUGUUAGUUUUGAUAUUGAUGCAAUGGAUCCAGAAAUUGCUCCCACCACAGGAACAUCAGUUAGAGGAGGUCUGACAUUAAGCGAGGGACUGUACAUCGCACAGAAAAUUUCACAAACAGGACAUCUUCAAGGAUUGGAUCUUGUAGAAAUCAAUCCAAAACUUGGAGAUGGGAUUGAGGCUUUGCAAACGGCCAAAACAGGCAUGGCUAUUGUAGAGGCAAUGUUAGGAAAACCACAAGAGAUACCUGACGAAGACCUCAUACCAUAUAACAAAAUGCAAGCACUCAAGAAUAAGGAUAAUUAGAUUAAACAGAUCAUUCUACUUUAUAGAAAUAUAUAAAAACGUGUCAUGUGUGUGACACUACAUGAGAUAAGUAGUGAUUUAACAAGCACAAAUGCAUUUUAAACUGCUAUUUGUACUUUUUAGUAACUUUUUCAUGAUAGAGUAGAUGCACUUAAUUGAAACAAACCAGUAUUAAUUACUCAAUAGUGUUGACUAGACAAAAAGGAAUUGGCAUAAUUUAGCACAUAUUUUGUAUAAAGUGCAUCUUCUCUAUUUGAAUGAGGACAUUAAGACCAUGAAAUAGAUGUGAGUUACAUAAUAUUUUCUAUUCUUCACUAUUAAACAUAGCUUGAGUAUUAGAUUUAAUUUUAAAGUCCACACUACAGAAUUAUCAGAAUCGAAUAAAAAAAGGAAUUGUAUUGUUGAAGUUAAUUCUCAAUUGAAAGUGAUAUCAAUGUGUUGUAGGAAUUUAGAGUCUCUUUUUGUAAACCUUGCUGUACAGGUGUUGUUGUUUUUUUACUGCUUGCGGUAUAUUACAAAUAUUUAUAAAAUUAUUUAAUUAGCCAAGUGUACUAAAUAUAAAUAUGGUACAGUUGUAAUAAUGCACCUGCAAAACACCUACGUUUUUUUCUUGAAUAGAUAUAUAGAGGAUAUUACAUGGGAGCUCAGAGAUAUGGAUUUUAUCUCUACAAUAUGCUCACUUGUGAGAGAUUUUCAACAAAAACAGAUAAAACUCUUAUCUCCAAGCAACUGUAAUAUUCUGUUUAUCAUAUAAUUAUCUAUGAAAGCAAAUUGUGUUGUAAAAUAACUUUUAUUUACAUCUAAUAUAUAGAUACCAAAAUAUACUUUUCAAUAGAUAAAAUAACAACUUUACAUAAUAGAGAAAUAAAGGUUACUAUUUUAUAGAUAAUUAUAUGAUAAGCAGUUUUCAUGUAUAAAUAUAUAAUUGUGUGAGCUUUUAGUUACAAUUUAACAAAAUUGUCUUUAAGGUGAGCAUUUACAAUUUAAAUACUCAAGAAUCCAUAGAAUUUGAAUCUAUGCAUUGAUAUUUGGCAUCCUGAAACAGCAAAAUAAACCAAAUUAGCAAUGUUUCCCUGUUACAUUUUAUUAUUUAUUAGGGUAAAAAAUAUCAGCAAUUUAGAAUAUAGUGCAAUAAUCUUGUCUGAGCUUUCAAUGUAGAAUUUUAGCUAAUUUACAAUGUAUUUUUAUACUUAUAAUUAAAAUAAUAUAGAAAAAUGUUUGGAGAUGUUUUGAACAUGGCAGUUAAUGUAAAUAAUUUCUUGAUGUGAUGAGUGUUUUAUCAAUAAAAGUCCUUACCCUUGAUA